AUGGAUGAAAUCAAUGUCAUGCUUCCCAAGCCAAAAGAUCUUGGAAAACAACACAAAAAGCAUCGCACAGUUUCGAAUGAACACGAUCGAAGACCUCACCGAUUUGUGACCAAUCAGAAAAAACAAGGAGGAGGAAAAUUCAAUUAUGGAAAACCAGGAGAUGAAACGAUGGUUUAUGUGAACACUGAGGACGGUGUGUUAGAUAAGGAAUUGAUUGAACAUGAUGCUAGCGUGUUGGAACAACUUCAUGGAGCUUCCACUGUGGUGGUGGCUAACAGGACUGAAGAAGAAACUGAAGAAGGCGGUGGUGAGGAAGAAGGUGAAGGUUAUGAAGAAGGAGAAUACGAUGAAGGCGAAUGGGAAGAAGGUGAAGAUUAUGAGGAAAGUGAAGAGUAG